AUGGCCAUGCUCGCCCUGGUUUUCGGGCUGCUGGCCGGCGCCGCGUCGACGGAGGUGGAGAUCGACCCAGAGCGCGCCGAGCUGAGUUGCGAUGCCCUGCUUCGCUACGCCUUCCCGGACCUCUGUGAUCUAGAGGUGGUUCCCGGCACCAUCCAGGUGAGGGGUCUGCGGCUCGCCUACUGGCGCUACUCCCGCCGUGGGGAGAAACCAGUACCCCAGAAGCUCCCGCUUCUGAUGGUGCAUGGAGGUCCUGGCUUUGGCCACAACUACAUGCUGCCCCUCAAGCAGCAGGCGUGCCGUGGCAGGGAGGUCAUCUUCUACGAUCAGAUGGGUGCUGGCGCCUCCGCCCAACCCGACCUGCACAAAGCGCCCUGGCUCCUCACCGUGGACUACUACGUCGAGGAGCUGAGGACCUUGGUGACCGCGCUGGGCUGGAAGCAGUUCCACCUCGUCGGCAGCUCCUGGGGAACGAUCCUCAGCCAGGCCUAUGCCUUCACCCAAGAUCCUCGCCUGCGUGGCGUGGUCCUUUCCGGUCCCCUCAGCGACGGGGAUCUCUAUUGGCACUCCCAGUGGGAUGAGACCGAUGGCAACCUCGGGUCCCUACCUUUCUUCGUCCAGGCAACUUUGUGGAAGCUGCAGACGAAGAAGGGGUUGAGCUCGAAGCUCUAUGCCGCGGAGGACGAGAUCCUCACGUCCUUCUUCACCACUCGAACCACUCCGGUCCCGGAUUGCUUCAACGCUGCCAAGCCCACGUCGAACACCAGCAUGGAGAUCUACGUGGGCAUGCAAGGGGCCAGCGAGUUCGUUUUCUCGGGUGUCCUGGGUGGCUUCAACUACACUCCCCGACUGCCGCAGAUCGCUAACCCGGUGCUCUUGACCUUCGGCCGCUAUGACACCAUGCGCCCACCCGUCGUCGACGCGCUCUACCGGAACCUGCCGCGUGUCUGGAAGGCCAUGAUGCCACGAUCCGGCCAUUGCUCCAUGAUUGAUGACCCACGCCUGAUGAACGACGUGGUGGGCGAGUUCUUCGAGCGCGAGGAAGCAGGCAGCUUGGCCCACUUCCGCCCAGAGGGGGAGGUGCGGGCCUCCGCAAAUGCCAAACCCGUGGGACCCCGGCCUCUUUUCGCCGAUGCUGGCAUGGCGAAUCUGGAAGGUGCAACUGCUUUGGCCACGGCUCUGGUUGCAGUGGCAGGGCCCUCGUUCUUGGCUGGCUUUAUUUGCCACUGGGGCUUUUGCACUCGCCGGCGCGAUGUGCAGUCCUUCCCACCGCUUCUGUGA